AGUUUCUAAUAAUUUCAUUCGCCCUUUCGGCAAAACGGUAAGAGAGAAUCCAAGAAAAGUUGAGAAAACUCGGUUGGAAAACGCGAGAAAAUUGAGGAGGAAAAAACAUCUGAGAAUCUGUGGAGAAUUUCGGGAGAGGGGUUUGUGGUUGGUUAUGGUUUUUGAGGGAUUUCAAGGAUGGUAGCUGGAGCAGAGGUUGUGUGUCCACAGAGCGUUCCGGUGCCGGACGUUCAGUUUUUCGGUAAAGGAAGCGGUAUUGAGGAGGUUGAGAUUGAGAUUUCGUCGCCGAGUGUCGGCAAAGUUCGUGUGGCUGAUUCCGUCGCAGCGGAUUUACCGACCUCUCAACUGGGUAUAGAGAGUCCAGAAAUGAUCUCAGAUCUGAGUUUAGAAUCUUCAGUUCUUCAAUAUGUUCCUAGUAUUCGUUCUGGUAGUUUUGCUGACAUUGGACCUCGGAGAUACAUGGAAGAUGAGCAUAUACGGAUAGAUGAUUUACAAGCAUAUCUGGGGUCCCUCUUCAAGUUCCCUAAUCCCAGUGCUUUUUAUGGGGUGUUUGAUGGUCAUGGAGGAUCUGAAGCUUCAGCCUAUAUUAAGAAGAAUGCAGUGAGACUCUUUUUUGAAGAUGCAAAUUUCCCCCAGACAUGUGAAGUUGAUGAUGACAUUUACUUGGAAGGAGUUGAGAACUCCCUCAGGAAAUCAUUUCUUUCAGCUGAUUCUGCUCUAGCAGAUGACUGCAGUGUGAGCAGUUCUUCUGGGACAACAGCAAUUGCUGCUCUGAUAUUUGGAAGUCGUCUAAUGGUGGCCAAUGCUGGGGAUUGUCGAGCUGUUCUCUGCAGAAAAGGAGAGGCAAUCGAUAUGUCGGAAGACCAUAGACCCAUUUAUCCAGCAGAACAGAGGCGAGUUCAACAGCUGGGUGGGUUUGUUGAUGACGGGUACCUAAAUGGUGUCUUAUCAGUUAGUCGAGCCCUGGGGGAUUGGGACAUGAAGUUCCCCAGGGGUUCUGCUUCACCUCUAAUCGCCGAACCUGAGUUCAGACAGGUGGUCCUUACAGAGGAUGACGAGUUCCUCAUCAUUGGAUGUGAUGGGAUUUGGGAUGUCAUGUCAAGCCAGCACGCAGUUAACCUUGUUCGCCGAGGGCUACGGAGGCAUGAUGACCCAGAGCAAUGCGCCAGGGACCUUGUCAGGGAAGCCCUGCGUCGUGACACAUUCGAUAAUCUCACUGUCAUUGUUGUUUGCUUCUCCCCUCUAGAUCACCGGGAGCCAUCAACACCCAGGCAACGGAGAUUGAGGUGCUGCAGCUUUUCUGCCGAGGCCCUUUACAACUUGAGGAGUUUGUUGGAUGGCAGUGCCACACGGUGAAUGUAAAUAUAAUUUUUAAGAAUAAAUUCUCUCGUCCCACAGGGAGAACCGUUCGGUUUGCGGCUGCUGCAGGUAGAGGAUACAAAAAGCAGCUAGCAGUUUUGUUCGGGUUAAUUUUUUAUGAAAGAAAGGCCAGUUAUGGUGGAUGUACAUAGGGAGAGGUGAAUGACGGUGGUGUAUAAAUCGACUCACAUAUGUUAUGGUUUAUCUUCUGUUAUAUAUAGCCUUCUCUGGUUUUUAACAUUAAUCCUGGGCAGCCACUUGUAACAUGAGUAUGUACAUAUACGUUCUCAAUUAAGAUUGUUAAUUUUU